UGAUUCGCCCGGAAGUGUCUUUGUCUGGCUGGUUGGUAUUGGUCUUGUCUUCAGUCGUUUAAGCGCGUUUUUGUCCUCAAGCCGUGGGACGUUGAGUAAGUACGGUUUCAUCGGAGGACCCAUUUUCAGUUGUUUAUUACAGUCUUCGGUUGGACGGUGUGUAAACACCAGGUAUCCGUUAGGCAGCAUCCUUGCAGUCCCACUGUCAAGGCAAAAUGAUCACCAGAAGAAGAGGCCGCAUUAUGAACAACACAGAGGUGCAGUCUUUGGAGAUUGAAGUGGUAGAUGCAGUCGAAACUGACACCGAUCUCCCAAGUCCAUCCGAGGGGUUCCCUGUUGAUGCUAUUGACACAACUGGAAUAGAGUUAGAAGACCUGUUUGGAAUCGAAGACUUUAAAUGGACACAAGAUACUGCCUCCUCACUCUUCGAUGUUGAGUUCCCUGAUCUUGGUGUCCGCGGUGCCAUGGAUCAAGAUUCUGGGAUCGAAGCUUCAAUAGCCUCAUCUCCAGAGAGAAUGUCAUCUGAUUUGAAGAUCAAGAACAGAAAAAACCAGUCAAGCCACAUCAUCAAUAAAAAUGCCAUUGCUGCCAGAUUGAAUCGUCUGAAGAAGAAAGAAUACGUCAGCAGCUUGGAGAGGAAAGUUGGCAUCCUAUCAACAGAAAAUAACAUGCUGAAAAAAGAGAAUUCUCAGCUGAACAAGAGAGUGGAAGAGUUAGAAGAUGAGACCAGGUACCUGAGAGCUGUGCUGGCCAAUGAGAGCAUGUUAGCCCAGCUCUUGUCCAGGCUGAGCGGUGUGAAUGGGAUGAAAUUAUCUUCCUCGCUUUUCCAGGGGCUGGACUCAAACGACCACGACUAUGCCUUACCCAGGAAGCGUGUGAAAGUGGAGGAGAAAGAGACCUCUGGUGGAGUGUGUCUGCACGUGGACAAGAACCAUGUCUCGGUGGAGUUCUGCACCAAGUGUGCAGAGAGUGCAAGCACAUCGCUUAGAAUGUAGGGUCAAGUACCUGUCUCUGUUUUCAGAUAUUGACUGAACUUGAUAAGGCUCAGUGUACUGAACUUCUUGAGGGUGGAUGAACACUGCUGAAAUAGUUAAAGUUACCUAGGAACUGCUCAAUGUGCAUGUGUGUUUUUCUGAUGAUUGAGUACACGUUACUGCUAAACCUUGUUGACAGUUUCUUCUAGGUAAUGGUUGAUCCACCAUGCGGGAUGAAUGGCUUUCUGAACACCUUUACCUGCUUGACUCCAUGUGGAUUCUGCUGGUGGGAGGUGAAGAGGCUGGACAAGCAGCUGCCAACACGGCCUGGUAUUUUUUUUAAAGGUAGUAUCGGUAACAAAUGGUAUAUGUUAAAUUACAUUUUACCAACACUGCACAACGUGUAUCUGUAGAUCUUGAGUAACUUACGCAGCAUUUUUCAGAAGCUGACUACAGUUGCUCCAUAACUUGGAGAAAUGCUACUAGAGGCUUAACAGUCUCAUAAUUAUGUCUUGUAUAUUUUUGACAUAUUUGAGUGUAUUCAUUAAAUACAUUCAAAAUGAUCUUGCUUUAAAUGUUGAAAUUUGACGUUUGGAUAAAGUGUAAGAAAAUAUAAAUCUGUAUAUAACUUUGAAUAUGUAUUGUUCGAGGUAAAUGAUCUUUGAGAAAUGUUGGAAAAAUAAAUGAUAUUUUCAUUAAGUUUGAGUUACAAAUACCUACUUUGUUCUGUACUUUUGAUAUUAAUGCAUCUCUUUUUCUCUCUCUAAACAGCAAGCUCUCUGCCGAUAAAGGUGUUACUUUUCCUGAACAUUUGGGUCAAGUCUGGUAAUGGUUGUCAGAUCAAAAGGUCAAGACCUCAUUUGAUGGAAGUACAAAGUACCCAGUAUGAAAGGUUCUGCAGGGAUUUACUGUACUGCCCAUUUAGCUUUAGCUCAUUGACUUCAGUUCAUAGAUACUCGUGUUCACUGCAAGUCAUUUAUCGACACUUCAUUUUUAUUUUUAAAAUGGCAGUUAAAAUUCAAAUAGCGUUUUCCAUUGGCCUAGAUCAUAUUGCUUAAGCUGAAGCUGCCUAUGGGUGUCUCAACUCAAAUUCAACUUCACUUCAACAUUCUGUUAAGACUUUAAGAUAUCAGCCCUAUAUUAGUGCUUCAUAUGUUAACUGAGUGCUUUUCUGGAUUCACAUUAAAAAAAAAAGGCAAACCAUUUAUAGAAAAUUUAGUGUUGCCACCAAGCUAGCUUCAUUAGCAGUGCUGUUUCUCCAGUGAAAACAGGUUUUAUCAGUCAGAUAGGGAAAUAUUCUGCACAUUUAGUCAGCAGAUUGGUUGCAUAUAUUUCAGAUUGGUUGCAUACGUAGCAAUUAUAUUUCAAGACUUUAUACUAAACCAAGCUGAAGGUCUCAUUUUUUUGGGAUUUUAAAUGACUGUCCACACUUAAAUAAAUUAUAGACAGAUUUUUAGACUGCUUGCGGCUUAGCAAUACAUGCCCACGGUUUUGAAACCCGUGCAUGGAUUUUCUGUAUUUGUUAACACAUCGCUGAUUGGCUCCAUUCCCUCCUCCUGUCUCACUGUUUUGAUGAUGUUGCAGAUUUUCACCCAUGUGUCCAUAUUGCUAUUUAAUAAUGACCUGAUUUUGAUUAAGGGCUAUUUGUUUUGGCCAUAGUAAUACAUUUUUUAAUAACAUUCAGCAAUUUCAUUCAUUUGUUGACAGUAAUUUCAUGUUUACUGAACAGAUUGGCUUUAUGAGUCAGAAGAUGAGUCCUUUGCUGCACUGACCUUUACACGUUAUUGUGACAUCAUAGAUGAGAACUGAAGCCUCAUUAUUUAGUCCAGUGAAUAGUCUGUUUCCUGCUUCAGUCUGGUCUACCAUCACUGUGACCUCGUUUUCCAGAAGGCUUAGGGCAGCAGGCAGCAUUUAUACAUCAAAGGUGUGUAAGCUACAAAUCGGAUUCUUAGAACCUGCUGAAGAUUCUGUUUUUUUCUCAAUCUUGUAUGAAUCAAACUUAAACACAAUGUUGGAAAUGAUCUUAGUUCAAGUACAAAUCUGAUAACGCUUUUAUAAGUGAAGCAAAGGCGUCUAGCUGUAAAAUUUGCAGCUAGGAUGAACGUUGUGAGAGCAAAAGGGAAUUUCAGGAAACUGGCCCAUAGACCAAACCCUUCUAUGAGCCAGGGUAAUUCUUAUCCCUUCUAUGUUUAACAUUCAUUUCUUACAUCACGUUCAUACACUUACUGUUAAUGAGAUACCCUACGUCACGAUACCCUAGAGAUGAGAUUUACUUUGACAGCAAGUCAACACAUUUAAACUUUCACGGAAUUCUAUCCAAAAAUAGAAAAAACCUGUAGUGAUGAGUCAUAUUAUUUUAAAGCCCACAAACAAUUUUACGGACUGUUUUGCAUAUGCAUGUGCUAACUGUUCUGUUUGAAGUCAUUAAGUGCUCAUUGCCAGGCUUAAACAGUUGACAAAUGCUAUCCACAAGCUGUGUGAUGGACAUCUUCAGGUGAAUUGGUCUUUAUUACAUUUUGAAAUGCCUGUACUGAGUUUUAGUGCGCCUUUAAAGCCGGCCAUGACCCAUUUAAGAUGGAUUAAAUACAGUAUUAAAAAAAAUCAGAAAUACAUUGUAGACAAGAUUGUACCACAGUGAUUUGCACAAUGCACAUUUUGCUUGAAUAAGUGGAUGUUAAUGGCAGAGGAACCCCCUUACCUCCUGCAUUAAUGCCUUUUUUAAAUUUAUUAUUCUUAACUUACCAGGUAACUACCAGGUUCAUUAUAGAGGGUGCUUUAGGUUUUGGGACCACCUUACCUUAAAACAAAUACUUAGGUUAAUUAAUGGACAGUUGACAGAGUGUAGUUCCCAAAUGUAUCUGGGAUGUCAAAAGAUGUCCCCAUUCACAGUUUGUGCCGUAAACUAGAUACAGCUAAUCAUCUGUAUGUAUGGUCACUAAUAAAGUAACUUGAUAGACA